GGCUAGGUGUCAUGGCGGCACAGGCGUGGCGCUGAGUGUGUGGUGUGUGUAGGUCUGUGCACCUGGCUGACAAGAUGGCCCAGCAAGACAAGGUCGCUAAUUUGAGUAUAACUGUCCCAAAUUUCCGAGUACUGUGUGGCUCCUCAGAAAGCGAACAACGAGGAGUACAAGAUGGCGUAAUCUACAGAUCGUCUCGGCCUGACUUUCUGACAGAGCAGGAGUUGCUGGCAUUUCGCAAUUUAUCAAUACGAAGUAUCAUUGACUUUAGGUCUCGCAAGGAAUACAUGGCCAGUUCCAGCGAAGGCAACCACGUCCUGGACAAGGAAUAUGACCUUUUACAAGUAAAACUACCAAGGGGUAGGAACUACUAUCAUGAUGAACCUGUUCAACUAAAAUUACUUCAGACUGCAUCUGCUGUCUCCGACAGGCCACGUAGACACUAUCUCAUAAAUUUCUUUACCAUGAAUUAUAUAUGGACCGUUUUUAACAGAGCACCAUGGUACAUACGAUUGUACUCUUGUAUUCUCUUGCUUGUAGACUACAUAUUUAACACUGGUUACAAGUACUUCGUUCGCUUGUUUGCACGCACAACGCUGAACAGAACUGGCCUCAUCGGACAAUACAAAGACAUCGUCGAACACAGCCAGAAAAGUAUUUGUGCAGCCCUGAAGUUACUGAGUGCCAAGAACAAUUUGCCAGCCCUGAUAAACUGCGCUCAUGGAAAGGAUCGCACAGGCAUUGUAUCUGCACUAGUGCUGAGCUGUUUAGGCAAGACUGCUGAAUACAUCGCUGAAGAAUAUGCGCUGUCUUCAGAGGGUCUGGCACCAGUUCAGAGCAGAGUGAAGGCUGAAGUCAUAGAGCGAUAUCACAUGUGUGAAGAAUUUAUAAAAGCAGAUGCCAGCACAAUGCUAGAACUCUUUGAAUAUAUACAAAACAGGUAUGGCUCAACGAAGAAUUAUCUUGAGUAUAUUGGAUUUGGAGCAAGAGAGCAGGAGGUGCUGAGGCUCAACCUAAAGGAGGUCGAAGAUGGGGAAAAGGAUGAUGAUGAUGACUUUAGUGAAAACUGACAUACAUUGUGGUGAGAGAGGAGGGUGUGCAGUCCAUAGGAAUGCAUAUAAAAGAAGGAAUGCCAUUUGUAGUGACCAUAGCGUUAAAACUGGGAAUAUAUAUAUAAAUGAAAAAUGCCAUAUUUAGUGACCAUAGAGUCUUAACUUGCGGAUGCUGGCUCCAGGGCAAGCAUGUGGAGUCUCUGCCUUUACUGCCUGUUACUGUCCUUGAUAAAAACUGCUGACCUUUGGACUGAGUUAAGCAACAGGCUAUGGGGCCUUUACCUUGGAGCAUAUGCACUGCCAAAUGUGUGACAGUGCCUAGUGCAGUGGUACUUUCAUUUUGUACUUGAAGAAAAGGACCAGUUCAGCAUCACAAGUUGAAGUGGAACAAAAGAGCAUCAUUUACCAUGUACAGAUUUACUUCGUUGCUAAUAUCUCUGUCUUUUAAGUUAAUCAUCUUUAUAUCUGCAAGCUAAUCCUCAAGUAAUCCAAAACACAAUGUCCAGAAUGUUCUAGAUCAUGUGUAUGCCUUUCUUUUUAAUAUGGUGAAGGAAGGAAACUCAAGAAUAUUAAACCAAUUUUUUUCAAAGCCAUUCUGUCAAAAGAUCAUUUUAUGUGUGAACAACUCACCAGAUAUAGUUCAAAUUUAAAGGGGUUGUUUUUUGUCAUACCAAAUUAACAGAUCUAGAUCUAUUUAUAAUUUUUUAAAUUCAUUGUAAUGUUAGGCAUGUCUUGUCAGGAGAGUUCCAUUGAGUUGCCGAUUCUGUGGCCUUCAUGAACAGAUUGAGGCUGUUGUUUUGGCCGUGGAGCUUCUGAAUGCUACCGUGUGUGAAUGAAUUGUGAUUAUAUGCAGGUCUAAAUCAUGAUUGUAUGAGGGUCUGUCUAGUAUGGUGAACAUGAAUGUGUUAUGAUAUUGUUGAUUAUUGUUGUUAUGCAAUGUGGUUCUAACACAUCUUUAUAGAGCUGCUACUAAUUGCCCUCUGGGAUAAAGUCUUAUCUAAUUUGCUUUUGGAAGCAUUUGAUUAAUUAUACUUGGAAAUUGUGUGUGAAGUUAUUUGUUGCAGUCACAGCUGGAUGGAAAGCUGCAUUGUGCUUCAUUUUCAAGUACCUUCAUGUAUCAUGUUCUGCAGACGGUGUUUGAAAAUAAAUGACUUUUACUAGCAGGACUAAGUGAAUGAAAAUGCAGUCUGAUCUGUAACUCUUCUUGGUAAGUCUAGACAGUAUGGAGUAUCUUUGGCAGCUGUAUGCUUGCAUGUUUAGGUGUAACUGUGUAUAAUAUACUGUUCGCUUAAGUGUAUCUAUCAAUCUGUGUCAAGUUAAAGCAUAUUGAGCUCCUUUGUUUGUAGGGCAAUAUGCUGUACAAAUGAUCUCUAUUAUUAUUAUUCAUGUAGAGUUUUCCAUCCUGAAAAACAGUUGCAAGACAGACAUGGGACAGAAAAAUAAAUUUUGAAUUACUAGGGAAGGGGAGCAGCAGUGAAAAAGCGUGAGGAACUAAACUUGACAAGGAGGAGAAGCUACAGGAAGACAGUUUGAGCAAGUGCAAGUUUGAAAUUGAUUUUCGACUGUUACCUGUCACUGCCCAUAAUGUUGAUGUCAUGAGGCCUAGGCUAUCUUUUCACAGAAUUGUGUAUGCAUAGGACCUUCAUCCAGUUGUCAGUUUGCUCUCUUCCAGUUUUGAUUUCAGCUCAUAGCAGUAUCUCAGUAUCUGUACUUACUUCAACAACCGCCCCCAAGAAAAACAACAAAACAUGUCAAAACAUCAUUAGCAAACUACAUUUAACCUGAAGUUCAAAAGCUCAACCUUGUUUCUUGUGAAUUUUCUUAAUAGAGCAAACGAGAUGCUGUGACUAACGUGGAGGUCGAAAUUCUUAGCAGCCAUGGGCGCCGCUACUUCAGUGGCACAUGAUGCUUCAUUGGCAUCAGCAUUGCUUCUCACUUUCAGAAAUCUUUAUUUGACAAAAUGUCCAUUUGGAGAUACUUGAUAAUUUUCUUAUCAAAUAUUCAAAUAACUCAAAUUAGUUAAGUUUUCGUUGUUAAAGUCUUGAUGAGAAUGAAUGGUGCAUGACUUAAGUACAAUUAAGAAGUACUGUUGUGUAAUAAAAUUUUUACUAAGCACUUAAAAUGUUUGUCAGGCUAGGGAUAAAUCUGAUCAGUGAACUUUUUCCUGUCAUUUUUAUAGUUUUUGUCUCGGUUAUCCAUAUGGUGCAACAAGUUUGCUUUGGUGCAUAUUUGCUGGUUAGUCAGCAAGUCUUCCAAAAAACGGAAGAUAAGAAUUUAAAAAAAUUGACCAUUUUUGUGUGCAGCAUGAAUUGUACAAAAUGCGUCAUUUUUGUUGCCACAAGCAAGUAAACAAUUAUAGCAGGCAAUACAUGCCAUUGCGUGUUCCUUUUCUUGUCUGACUUAUUUGCUUUUUAUUUUUAGGUACAAGAUGUUUGCUUUAUUGCACUCUUGAGAUAUUGAUUUAUAUUUUAUAUCUUUAUUUGAUUGGCUUUAUUUGGGCACACUCUUUAUGUAUGCCAUGCUAUCAAUGUUAUAUUUUUGUUGUGUCCAGGAUCAUGUUUGCACUUGCCUCAGUUUGAGUACAUUUUGGAAAUAGAUCGCUACUCCUCUCUGAAUGAAAUAUUCAUGACAGACUGUAAACUUCAUCAGUUUGGAGUUGAAGUCUACGGUAUUUGUACAUCAUCCAUGCACACAUCUUUUGUGUGUCUAAUUAUGAAAAAGUCCAUGAAGUGCUUUAAAGUUAUGGGUUUGGGCUUGGGUGUUUCUAGUGUGUUUCUAACAGGAGAGCAAGGCCAGCAGCUUGAAGUGUUGACUGGAGGCCUUGCUCUGAGAAUUGCAUUUUCAGAUCCCACAUUUCUAAACCACAAAAUAAGGGCUGCACCUUUCUGAUAUCUCAGAUGCAGCCCUGGCAUGCUCAUUUUAAAGGCUUUCUUUAUCACACACACAGAGUCGAGAGGAAGACAGAAUCUUGAAAAGGAGUCAUUAUAUCAGACAUUGAAGCAGGCUAUGUCAGGUGAAGACAGAACAGAGUAAUCAUAUGUGGGCGUACUAACAAAUGUGUUUCACAGUUGGAUACGGUCAUGAUGGCAAUCACAGCUUGUUUGAUACCUCAAAAUGAACCUUGAAACACAAGACAAUCAUUGCAUUCAUAGAAUUUCCUAAAAUAUACUCUCCAAAGCAAAGACAAGCGCUAAUGGAUAACUGUAAUUGCUCAGUUAUGCAGGCUACUUUUACAGAGCUGAAAUUAGACUAAAUAAGUAUAUACAUAUGAGUAUAUAUAUAUACUUUAAAAUAAAGAUGUCAGACUAUUCAAAAAUGGGAGAUUUGUUUAUUUUUGUCACCAAGAGAUUUUGUAGAAAAAAGUUUGGGCAUCAGGAUUUGAUUAUACUUUAGUACCUGGAGCAAUCGUCACUCUACCCUAUAAUUAUUAAUGAUAAAGUAACUGUUGAAAGGAUCAGUCUCACCUACUACAUAUCCCUGUUAGAUAAACUGCUAGAAGCUCAGAAAAGAAAAAUAUUAAGGAAAAUUGAAGAAGUUCUUUUUGCAAGAUGAACAUACACUAUCACAAAACCAAACAGAAAGUCAAGGAUUUGUGGUUUGAAUUGCUGGAUUUCAAGCAAUAGCAAUGUUGAACUUGCUUCCUAAACUAUCUAUAGCCAUUUCCAGCUUUGAGAAAUCUCUUAAUGCAUUUUCCAUCAGGGUUUAUAUUCUUGGACAUCGGCAAUUUACCCAUGGGUAAAAUUUCCCCUAGAAUCUAUCUUAUUAAACUACUGUCUGGAAAAAACAAAUAGGAUGACAGAAUGUUAAUUUAUUUUCAUUUGGAAAUAAAGUGGGAGUGGGGGAAGACUCCAAAGAGCACCAUGUCAGUUAUGAUAUUCUGCUGUUCACACACUGUAACAUGUUCAAAAAUUAUACCAAACAGUUUUGUAUGACUUUAUCUAUUUUCUUAGAAAUUCUUUGAAAAGAAAAAUCCUCUAUUCAUGUCUGUUGGACCAGAUCAAUCACAAUCUUUCCUGUUUACCCUUUGUGGGAGAAAGUCAUUGGAAUGGAGGGACCUCUGAUAAAUUACCAACUGGUAAAGUGAUUUACGUUGGCCGAUGAUUUGAGCAGAUAUCUGUGAGUAGCUUGGGAAGGGCAACAGGCUUCAUGAAUACAAGACCAGUAGAGGUCUGGUUAGUGGACCAACAAAGAUUCUUUUUGAGGGCUUUGCCUAAAUUUGAGGAAAAUUGGAACAACAAUUUGAAAAAUUUGAGAAACUGGUGUACUUCAAAGAAGUAUGACUUUUUGAACAAUGGGAAUUACCAAACUUGCCUUUUCUUCUUCCCUUCCACCAUGAACAUUGUGUCUGACAGGCAACAUUAAUGAAUUAUGUUUUACAGCAUCCACACUUUGCUUUCAUUAGUUUGUUAACAAAUUUUAAGUUUUAAAAAUUUAAAACUAUGGCUGAAUUGGGCAAAGUUUUGAUUUCCCUUAUGGCAGUGUUAAUGAGGAAUCUUAUUAUAUGUUAAUGAGAAGUUGUGAUGUCACAGGAAAUGAUGUUUUGACCUCUUUCUGGAAUACAGUUGUGAGUUCUAAGUUGAAAGCCUUUGUCUUGUCAAUGGAAUUUUGAGAAUUAAUGUCUCUUAGUGAGAUAGUUCUAGUUAUGUAAAAACAACUUUGCACUUGUUAGCCUAAUGGUCUUAGCAUGACUGGGGAGAGGGAUCAGUGCUGUGUGUUAAUAUCAUAUUACCAGUUGUAAGAUGCAGCACUGAUAGUUUUAUACUUCCCUUUUUUUAAAAAAAAUCUUUUAAUUAAAAAAAAUUGUGUUUUUCAUAGUGUUGUACUAGUCAUUGGUGUGUGAUCCAAGAUUUUGAUGUUUUGAUAUGUUUGUCACCCUAAUAUACUUUCUCUCUAAUGUUAUUUUCACUAGUAUUGUCAUUAGUAUUUUCUUACUUUAAACAUAUCAGUAUAGAAUUCAUUUAAAUACAUUGUUAUAAUCAGUAAUUUUUGGUACAAAGAUUUUGGACAAAGAAUUAUCAAAUGUGGAAUCCAGAUUUGUGCUCAGCUUCUGUGAAAUGCUUUUCCAGCAGACAGUUGAUUAAUGUCCUCAUGUAUAAUCCUGAGAAUGAUUUGAGGUAUACCAACAUAUGACUAUUUUGUCUCUCCCUGUGAUCAACUGUUAUUUAUAUUGCAUAAUUAAGAGUCUGUGUUUACCUCAUUAAACAUUUGUUUGGUGCUUCGGCAAGAGCAGAUGAAACUGUGGAACUCUUAAGGUUUUUUUAAUUUAGUUUUUAUUAACCUGUAAAUAUAAUGUAAUUCACUAAAGUAUAACUGCACAGUAAAAGCAAAAAAU